ACCCCGCCUUAUUCGUAAAGGCACCAGCACUACUGAGAAGAAAACAGAGGCUACUCUGAAUUCAGCGUUCUGAAGAAGUUUGAAAAGGGAUUUUUGAUUCCUCUUUCGAAAUGUCUGUAGGGACAUCUUUAGUUAUGUUGCUGGGGACACUGUACAUGUUAGGGAGGCUGCUUAACGUUGAAGGCUCUUUUGAAGAGGAAACUUUACAAGCGCAUAACAAGUAUCGUAAGAUCCAUGACUCCCCACUAAUGACGCUGGACUCUAGUAUGAGCCAAGAUGCAGCAACCUAUGCCCAGCCGUUAGUGAGCAUGAACACUUUGCAACACUCGAGUUCUAAUGACGGAGGCGGGGCGGAGGCAGAGGGGAGGAGGAGGAAGAGGCGGAGGGGCGGAGGCCGGAAACCUAUAGGCGGAGGCGGAGGUGGAGGCUCGAGAUCUGGUUUUAGAGGUUGGAAACCUGGUGCAGGAGGUGGAGACAGGAAACCCCGUGAUGAAGGCUGGGAACCUUUUAGUGGUGGUGGGGGAGGAGGCUGGAGACCCGGGGAUGGAGGCAGGCGCAGAAACCGGAAACCUGUAAGCGGAGGGGGAGGUGGAGGCCGGAGACGCGGUGGUGGACGUGGGGGUGGAAGCGGAGGCCGGAAACCUUAAUCACUUAUCUAUAUAAUUUUGAAUAGAAAUCAAUGUCCACUUUAUGAAAUUUAAGUCAAAUCUUCUGUAUUUCAUUUUAAAUAAAGGUUAAUGUGCACUCUGAGCAAGACUAUUAAAAAUCACAAUUUGUGUCCGUUA